UCAAUUUUACAGUGUUUUUUUUUCUCUUUAAUUAAUUAAUUAAUUAAAAUUCAAAAACCUCUUUUUUUUUUUUUUUUUUUUUUAAUUUUUUUUCCCAGCAAUCAACCAAUGGCGCACGUUAGCAACCUCCCCUGCGACGGCGACGGAGUCUGCAUGGUGUGCAAGGUGAAGGCGGCGGAAGGGGAAACCAUCACCUGCAAGACGUGCGCAACGCCGUGGCACGCCGCUUGCCUCACCACGCCUCCCAAAACCCUAGCCGAUGCCGCCCAGUGGGAAUGCCCUGACUGCUCGGAUCUCACCGGAGCCGCCGUCCAGCCGGCCGUCUCCGGCGGAGGCCUGGUGGAGAAGAUCCGUGCGAUUGAGUCCGACGCUUCGCUGAAUGAUAGGGAGAAGGCGAAGCAGCGGCAGGAGCUGUUGGGCGGAGGCGGCGAGAAGGAGAAGGAGAAGAAGGGUGGUGACGGCGGUGUGGGCUGUUUGGGGAUUUUGGGGGAUAAGUUCAACUGCUCCAUUUGCAUGCAGCUCCUCGAGAAGCCUGUCUCUACACCAUGUGGCCACAACUUUUGCUUGAAAUGCUUUCACAAAUGGGUUGGACAGCAGGGCAAGAAAACGUGCGCUAUUUGUCGCAAGACAAUUCCUCCCAAAAUGGCAAGGGAGCCUCGCAUUAAUUCUGCUAUCGUUAUGGCUAUCAGAAUGGCCAAAUAUUCCCAGUCCAGUUCUUCUGUAGGCCCACCAAAGGCUAGCCAUUUUAUCCACAACCAAGAUCGUCCCGACAAAGCAUUCACCACCGAACGCGCCAAAAAAUCUGGAAAUGCUAAUGCAUGCAGUGGCAAGAUUUUUGUCACAAUCCCUCUUGAUUUUUUCGGUCCAAUUACAGCGGAAAAUGACCCAACGAGAAAUACGGGUGUUGUGGUUGGAGAAACUUGGGAAAAUAGGAUGGACUGUCGACAGUGGGGGGCCCACUUUCCGCAUGUUGCAGGUAUUUGUGGUCAAUCCGAUCAUGGUGCUCAGUCUGUUGCACUCUCUGGGGGUUACGUUGAUGAUGAGGAUCACGGUGAAUGGUUCCUCUAUACUGGAAGUGGUGGACGUGAUCUUACUGGGAAUAAACGUACAAACAAGGAACAAUCAUUUGACCAGACCUUUUUGAAAUAUAAUGAAGCCUUACGUAUCAGUUGCCGACAAGGUUAUCCAGUACGUGUUGUGAGGUCCCAUAAGGAGAAACGAUCUUCUUAUGCACCACUUGAAGGUGUGCGCUAUGAUGGGGUUUACAGGAUUGAAAAGUGUUGGCGCAAGAUUGGAAUUCAAGGGUUUAAAGUGUGCCGUUAUCUUUUUGUUCGCUGUGAUAACGAGCCCGCACCAUGGACAAGUGAUACCCAUGGAGACCGCCCUAGAUCAUCUCUGCCUAGUGUUUCUGAGUUGAAGAAGGCUACUGAUAUUACCGAAAGAAAAGGGAGUCCUGCCUGGGAUUAUGAUGAGGAACAAGGUCGUUGGGUAUGGAAGAGACCACAACCAGCAAGUCGUAAAGCACCUGGUGACUAUGAAGAAGAUAGUGAAGGUAAUAAGAUUACAGGCAAAAGAAAACGUAAGAGCCAAAAGGGAUCCGUAAAACAAAAGCUUUUGAAAGAAUUUAGCUGCCUCAUUUGCCGGAAAGUGAUGGUCCAACCAAUGACUACACCCUGUGCUCAUAACUUCUGCAAGGGAUGCUUAGAGGGUGCUUUUGCUGGUCAAUCUUUUGUCAAAGAUAGGACAUGUGGAGGGAGAAGGACACUGCGUGCGCAAAAGAACGUUAUGAAGUGUCCGUCUUGCAAAAACGAUAUAUCUGAAUUCCUUCAAAAUCCCCAGGUGAACAGGGAGUUGAUGAAUGUGAUAGAAUCACUACAGGACCAGAUGAAGGAGGAAAGCUUGGAGGCUGAAACAGUUGUUGAAGAAAAAAGUGACAGUUUAAGUAAUGAUGCAGAGGAUGGUGCAAGUAUGGAUGUCGACACAAAUGAAGAUUCCGUUGAUGCUGAAAACAAAGAGAACCGUGAUGUGAAUGCUGAAAUUGUGAAGCCGAAGCCGAAGCCAAGCAAGGGCAAGAAGAAAGGCAGUGUGAAAACUCCCGAUGAUACCCCUACCCGACGAGUUUCCAAGAGAAAUAAAGUAGCUGCGGCGAUGUGAUGUUGAUGCUAACAAAAUAUGUAUCUACUCCCAAACGGUCUCUCGAAUGCUGAUGCUACUUUUGUGCUCUCCUUUUUUUGUAUUUUGUGGUAGCUGUUUUGCCAUGGGGGAACCAUACUAUUGGGAUUUUUGAAAGGGGAAAUGGGUUUUUUUGUUUAUUUUGUCAGGUUUUUAAGUGAUACCUGUUUUAUGAAUGAACUACAUUUUGAUAUAAUCAAUGGGUACAACAAAGCUUCUUUCAGGUUUUGAAACAGAAGCUUUGGUGCUACAUUUGAUAUCAUGAUUUUGGUUUACCAUCCUUUAAAUAUAUAUAUUGCUUUUGAAAUUU